CGCGCGCGCGCACGUUUGCGACACCCCUCGCGGCCCCUCCCCCCUGCUGUUUGCGGCAGCGCUCGGCGGGGCGGUUGGGUGCGCGCGGUUGCCAGGGUCGCUUUACGGCCCGGCGAUGGCGGAGGGAGAGCGGGCGGAGCAGAGCGGCGGCCUCGGGCGGCCCCCCCGGGAGGGGGAGGCCGGGGCGCUGGACCGGGCGGAGGCCCUCAAGAGCCAGGCCAACGAGUUCUUCAAAGGCAAGGACUACGAGAACGCAGUGAAGUAUUACAGCGAGGCCAUCGACCUGAACCCCGCCAAUGCCAUCUACUACGGCAACCGCAGCCUGGCCUACCUGCGGACAGAGUGCUAUGGCUACGCGCUCUCCGACGCCACCAAGGCCAUUGAGCUGGACAAGAAGUACAUCAAAGGCUACUACCGGCGGGCCACCAGCAACAUGGCCCUGGGCAAGUUCAAGGCCGCCCUGCGUGACUAUGAGACGGUGGUGAAGGUGAAGCCAAAUGACAAAGAUGCCAAGAUGAAGUAUCAGGAGUGCAACAAGAUCGUGAAGCAGAAGGCGUUUGAGCGCGCCAUCGCCAGCGACGAGCACAAGCGCUCCGUGGUCGACUCCCUGGACAUAGAGAGCAUGACCAUCGAGGACGAGUACAGUGGGCCCAAGCUGGACAACGGGAAGGUGACGCUAGCGUUCAUGAAGGAGUUAAUGCAAUGGUACAAGGAUCAAAAGAAACUCCACAGAAAAUGUGCCUAUCAGAUCUUGGUGCAGGUGAAGGAGGUGCUCGUCAAACUUCCCACUCUAGUAGAAACCACGUUAAAAGAGACAGAGAAGGUCACCGUGUGCGGAGACACCCAUGGGCAGUAUUACGACUUGCUGAAUAUAUUUGAACUCAACGGGCUGCCGUCUGAAACGAACCCAUAUAUAUUCAAUGGGGAUUUCGUCGACCGCGGCUCCUUCUCCGUGGAAGUGAUAUUAACGCUGUUCGGUUUUAAGCUGCUGUAUCCGGAUCAUUUCCACUUACUCCGUGGGAAUCACGAGACGGAUAACAUGAACCAGAUCUACGGGUUCGAGGGGGAAGUGAAAGCCAAAUACACAGCCCAGAUGUUUGCGCUUUUCAGCGAGGUCUUUGAGUGGCUGCCCCUGGCGCAAUGCAUCAAUGGCAAAGUGUUGAUAAUGCACGGCGGGCUCUUCAGUGAAGACGGGGUCACGUUGGACGACAUCCGGAAGAUCGAGAGGAAUCGGCAGCCUCCGGAUUCAGGUCCCAUGUGCGACUUGCUCUGGUCCGACCCACAGCCUCAGAACGGCCGGUCGGUCAGCAAGCGCGGCGUGAGCUGUCAGUUCGGGCCCGACGUCACCAAAAGCUUCCUGGAGCGGAACCAGCUAGAUUACAUCAUCCGGAGCCACGAGGUCAAGCCCGAGGGCUACGAGGUGACGCACGAGGGCAAGUGCAUCACCGUCUUCUCGGCGCCCAACUACUGCGACCAGAUGGGGAAUAAAGGUUCAUACAUCCACCUGCGGGGGUCGGACCUGCGCCCCGAAUUCCACCAGUUCACAGCCGUGCCUCACCCGAACGUCAAACCGAUGGCCUAUGCCAACACCCUCCUCCAGCUGGGGAUGAUGUAACUUGCCCUGUCGCCACCGCCCCCGCCUGGAGGCCCCUCAUGUUAGGCAGAGACGGCCCCUCGGCCUUUUUACAUUCUUCCACCAUCAGCCCGGACUGCCCAGGUGCCGGAGCAUCCAUCACGAGGGCAGGGAGGGGGGGUUGCUGUGGUUCUCUUCCCCCCCACGCCGAGCCCAUUUGUAGUGUUGCCGUGAGCUGGUGCCGCACAGCCGAGAGGCAGGAGUAUUUUUUUUUUUUUUUAAUAUAUUGGAAAGAUUGUAUUUAUUCCCAGGGCUUGCUCAGCCUCCGGCCCGGAGCAGAGAGGCCGCUGGGCCCAAGCCAGCUCUGUCUGCGGCCCGAUCUCUCCCGACAGACGGUAUUGGCUUGCAGGGUGGAGCGCGGAGGCCUCCCCUCCCUUCCCCAAGUGCUCUGGCUUUGAGGCGUGUCUCUGUUGGGUGGUCUCUAGGCUUGGGGGUUUCAGGAGAGGUGAGGGGGCUUGGUGGGGUCAGAGGUUAGGAUCAGGUCACGAGCAGAAGCAAGGUGUUGGCGUGGGGGGGGUCCCAUCCGUAGUCAUCCUCUCCCUCUGCAUCAGAAACCCAGGGUGGGCAGGCAGGGCUGUGCUGUCACCAGCUUCGGAGGCACUCCCUGUGUCAGCUCAGAGAGGUGGGGCGAGAGCUGGGCACAGUAGGGAUCCCUGAGUGCAUCCCUGGAGGCAUUCAGUGCUCGGUGGAGCUGGGCCCGGGACCCCCAGCUGCCAGUCUGACAAGAGGUCUCUAAUGCCGAGACCUGGGCCCCGGGACCCCUGGUUGCUGGCAUCUGGGCCCCAGGACCCCUGAUCUGUGGGGCUGGAACCCCUGGCUGCUGGGAUAUGGGUCCCAGGGCCCCCAGCUGCCAGUCUGACAAGAGGUUUCUAAUACCAAGACCUGGGCCCCGGGACCUCUGGUUGCUGAGAUCUGGGCCACGGGACCCCUGGCUGCCAGUCUCACAGGACCUCCCUAAUACUGGGAUCUGAGUCCCAGGACCCCUGGCUGCCAGGAUCUGGAUGCAGGACCCCUGGGUGCCGGGGUCUUGGUCCCAGGACCACCAGCUGCCAAUCUCACAGGAGCGCUCUCACCCCUGGGACCUCUCACAGGUCCCCUGUGAGCUCUCUCAUCGCAGCUCCCGGCUACAGAGGACAGGGGCAGCAUACGCCCCUCCCUUCCCAUGAGACAUUCCUCCUCCCUGGGCCUCUGCCUCUAGCCCUCCACGACAAAGAAGUAAGGUUAAGAGUUUGUCACAGUUUGUUUAGUAAAAGCCAGGGACGGGUCACAGGCAAUAAACACAAAUUCACAGAAGCCCGUGACCCGGCCCUGGCUUUCGCUCAACAGAACUGUGACAAAAUGGGGCUGACGGGUGGGAUGAGGGUCCGAGCCCUGCUGCGGGGGAGGUAAGGGGGGAGGUCUGCGGCAGCUGGGAGAUGUGGGACCCCCCCAUGGUGGCUCAGAGCUCCAGGGGGCCUUCUGCUGGCUGACAGCUGAAGUCCCACCGCCCAAGGGCUGAAGCAGAAAAUGUCCCGGAGGUCUCGGGAAGUCCUGGAAUCCGUGACCUAAUCUUAGCCUUACAGAUAAGCAAUAGGCGUGCGGGUGUUGGGCUGGCAGAGGCCCAGCCUCCAACUCAUGCCAGGAGUGUGUGGGUGUGUGUGUGUAGCAGGGGCAGUGGGGGGGCACCAGACUGGAUUUUGUGGGGUGCUUUACCCCAGUUGCCCACCCCCACCUUUGCCCCUUUCUCUCAGCCUGGGGAGCGUCGGGCACCUCCUCGAGGAAGCGCGACCGGCCUUUUGUGCCACAUGCGCAAGCCAACAGCAGAUGCGUCCAAAGCACUUGGGUGUCUCCAUGCGCACCACCGGAUCCAGGAGCCCGCCCCCCACCGCCGCCUCUCGAGCUAUUUUACUGUCUGUAAUUAAAGAUGUUAAAAUAAAAUAAUUAUUAUAAGCCUUGCGGGC